ACAACUGUCAUUAUCUGAUCUUUGUUUCUGUCAAAUUUUGCUCGAUAUUUGUAGAUUUUAUGAUAUUAUUCAAGUAAUUCUUGUUUAAUUUAAGAACGGAUGAUUGUAUAAUAAUAAUAUCUAUAACUCCUUGAAAUUUAAUACAUUUGAAGACUAAAUGAAGGUUACUUCGUAGUUCACCUAACUGUAAUCAACACAUCCUAUUGUGGACAAUUAUUUGAUUCUGAUGUGGCCCAAUCAUGUCGAGUCGAACUGUGACUUCGUUAUCUUAGCUAAUUUUCUUUUGUAUGUUAAAGUGUAGUGGUAAAACUAAGUCUGAACUAUAAAAUGGCGUACCAAACGCUACUCCAAGAAUAUAUGCUCAUACCCCCAGUCACCAGAGCAUACACUACAGCUUGUGUUGUCACUACAUUAGCUGUUCAAUUGGAUCUAGUAUCACCAUUUCAAUUAUAUUUUAACCCUAAUCUAAUAUUAAGGAAAUAUCAACUAUGGAGGCUAAUAAGUACAUUCCUCUUUUUUGGAAAUUUAGGAUUCAACUUUUUCUUCAAUAUGAUAUUUACCUACAGAUACUGUAGAAUGCUUGAAGAGGGCUCUUUCAGAGGAAGAACUGCAGACUUUGUUGUAAUGUUUGUGUUUGGCGGAGUCCUCAUGAUUAUAGGUGCUUUCUUCGUGAAUUUAUUAUUUUUAGGACAAGCAUUUACCAUUAUGAUUGUGUAUGUAUGGUCUCGUAGAAAUGUCUUUGUGAGAAUGAACUUCUUUGGCCUGAUGAACUUCCAGGCUCCUUACCUUCCUUGGGUGUUACUGGGCUUCUCAGUUUUACUUGGUAAUGCAAUAUCAGUAGACUUAGUUGGAAUGGCUAUUGGCCACAUAUAUUUCUUUAUGGAAGAUGUACUACCAAGACAAAAUGGGGGUCAAAAAAUAUUAAAGACACCAAAGUUUUUGAAAAAGCUUUUUGAUCCUGCUCCUGAACCAGAUUAUGGCACACUUCCAGAUCUUGAUCACCUAAGACCAGGUGGAUUUGACUGGCGUCGUCGUAAUGAUGAAGAUGAAGCCAGAUAAGUUAGUUGGUUAGAACAUCCAAUACACGCCAAAUAUAAUAAUUUAAGAAUAUUAUGUUUCAUGAUUUCUUCUCUCUUUCUGUUAUUUAUGUUUACCUAUUAAUUUCUUCAAAACCUAAUUCUAUAGGAGAAGCAAAGGACUUUGGUUGAAAAGAUAUAUUUUUAUAUUUCUAGAAAGUAAUUCAAUAUCAAAUUAUCUAGGUACUAUGUAAUCUUGUUUUCUUUCAAGUAAUUCGCAAUAGUUUUAAUUUGUAAUGGUUUAGGCGCCAAUGUUAUUGUACUAACUUAAUUUGCCGUUUACCUCUAAGAAGAAGAUAAGUAGAAUAUGGCAACACUAUUUAGUUAUUUAAUAUAACAGUACCUGGCAGUACUAGUAUUUGUGAUUACAUUUAGAAAUCUGUCCACUGAAGAUGAUUUACUGGAAAAGAAAUAUUUCGUUCUAACAAUGGUAAAAUUAAAUUAAUAUUAUCUGGAUUGUACGUCAGUGUGUAUAAUAGAUGGCGCCCUUGUUGUCGUGGGUAACAAUGAUAGAGUGAACACACUGUAUGACUUGUACAAAGUAAAUGCAUCGUGAUUACAUUUACGUCAUAGUGGUGAAUCGAUAAUGUAUUUUGUGUAAAAAAGUUUAUUGAUAAGGGUCUGUUAUUUGUGAAUACAAACUAUUGAUAAAUA